AUGUCCGCCGAAUGGAGCUCGAAUCCUCCCCCGGCGUAUGAGGAGUUUGACCCCUCCCGUCUAGCUCCCCCUAGUCAUGACAUCGGCCAGAGUCGCUUUUUUCGUUCCACGGCGUCUCUGGCCCUAGACCCCUCGGCAGGUGGCGACGAGAAGCGUCGAUUAUUGCUGAUCUACGUUCACGGCUUCAUGGGCUCCGAAGAAAGCUUUCAAAAUUUUCCGAAACACCUUCAUGAUCUACUCACCAUCUCACUGAGCGAAAGCCAUGUGAUCUAUACUAAAGUAUAUCCGCGGUACAAGACUCGCGGGCCGAUCCAUGUUGCGCGAGACCACUUUAGUCGAUGGUUGUCCCCCCAUGAGGCACCUGAUCUCGAUGUCAUCCUCCUCGGCCACAGUCUCGGUGGCAUCGUCUCCUCUGAGGUGGCAUUACUAUCACGGAAUCACUGCUUGAAGCAUCGCAUCUUAGGCCUCGUGAAUUUUGACGUUCCAUUCCUAGGUCUCCAUCCCCGAGUGGUGGCCACCGGUAUUGGGAGCUUGUUCCAUCGCUCGUCAGACGAUGCCAGUGAUGCUGAGGCACCUCCUUCUCCAGGGGGGUUCAACGUUCCGAAUCAGAACCAGACAUUCGACCCGGCAUUCUCCAACGACCUCCACCUGACAAAAUGGAAGGGCUGGAGCGGGGCCCGUCACUUUAUCUCCAAGUACUCGGAAAAUCUGUCGCGGUCCCUCGUGCGGUAUUUCUUUUCCUACUAUGACCAUGCUGGGUGCAUGAAUAACUAUCCUGAGUUGAUCAAGCGGCAUCGAAAGUUGAUCGAGCUAGAGGCUAUUGAUGACUGGAACACGCCUGCCGACUCGGGAGUCAACCGGAUUCGAUUCGUGAAUUACUUUACAACGAGUACAGGGCCUGUGAAAAAGGCUAAGAAAGGCAGUGCUCAGGACGAGCGAUUGCGAAGUGGCUCUGACGCUUCAUCCUCGCAAGCGGAUAUCAAACCUGAGGACUUGGUUCAGACACGCACUACUGCUGAUGAUAAUCACGGUGACAUUACAGCCAAACAUACUCAAGACCAGGCAAAUGACCUCGACAGCGGUCAUGGCGACGGCGACGAGGAAACCUCCCCUCCCAAAUCCCUCCGGAAAUUCUGCUACCUUCCCAAAGAUUCUAUCAAAGGGCGAGACGACCUCUGGGUGCCCGUACUCAUGGAAGGCGUGGACGAGGUAGUAGCCCACCAGUCCAUGUUCCUGCCGCGAAACAUCUACUACGACCAGCUGGUGGGCGACACGGCGUCACGCAUCGAAUCUUGGAUCCACGACGAUCUCACGAAACGAGCUGUUCUGAACGACGGGCUCGGCAAGUCUGCGUUUGCUGGGGUGGGUGGAUGA